AUGGCUUUUCGAAGGCCAUCUUAUUCAUAUCAAACUCGUGAUAUGGACAUCAGAGAAAAUAUUCAAGGUCCUAAUGCUGAACAAUUCCAAGAAAUUUGUUAUCCAUUAUCAGUAGACAAAGAAACUGCGUUAAAGUAUUUUAAUGAUGAAAUUGCUUUAAAAAAAUCCGAUACAACUUACAAACAUAGAAUUUCCUAUAACACAAGAACUGAUGCUUAUUAUGAAAAUGGAAACGUCAAAGAAAAAUAUUUGGAAUUUUGGGAUAAAGGUGCUUAUAAAUAUGAAAACAUGUCCUAUGUACCUGAAUACAUGUUUAAUAGGACAUUUUUAACAAAAGAUAGGAGGUAUCCUGAACUACCCUCUUUUAUAAUUUAUAAAUUUGAUUAUUCGCCUGGAAACUUUGAGAUUAUUGAUCUUCAAGCAUGGUCAGAUGGAUAUGGGUAUCAGUUGAGUGAUCAAAAUCUAAAUUUGAAAAAAUUUGUUAAAAAUCAUAGUGGAUUUUAUUUGAAAGGAGAAGUAAACGGUGGUUUAUUAUGGAAAAAUACUCAAUUAUUUAGACAAGAUUUACGUGUUCAAGGUGAAGUUGUUGCCGAUUCGCAUGAAUGUCUUAGAAUGGAUGUUAAAGUUCAAUUAAAAAAAAUACCUGAAAAUAAUAUUGUUGAUAAUAAUAAAAAAGUAAAAGAUGAAGAUAAAGAAGGAAAUGUUGGUAAUGCUACUAAAUUAGAUAAAGAAUAUGAAAGAAAAGAUGAAGAUGGCAUUAAUGAAAAUGUUAACGAGAAUAUGAAGGAUAAAUCUAACGAUGAAAUAGUAGAAAAGUCAAGAAAAAUAGAUGGAAUAUUUAAUAAUAAAUUUAUAUUUAAUGUCAUUAAACAUGAAUUAAAACCACAUAUGUAUAAACAUAGAAUAUCUUAUAAUACUAGAACCAAUGCGUAUUAUGAAAAUGGGAAUUUUAAAACUAAAUAUAUAAGAGGAUGGAACAGAGGAACUCUUAAAAGUGAAAACAUCAUUUUAUAUCCUGAAUAUUUAGGUCGUGACAAUAUAUGUUUGACAAGAUGCUCAAAACAUAUAGUUACAGAAAAAUCAAUAGCAUUCAUAAUUUGGAAAUUUGAUUAUCGACCAGGAAAUUAUGUGAUUUCAUCAUUAUUAAUAAAACUUAAACAUGCUAUAUCAUUCCUAAACUCAUCAAAAGUUAUUUGUUCAAUUUCACCUUUACCAACCGUCAAAAAUCCAAAUCCAACCUGGUCAAUAAUUCCUUUCGAAACAAAACUAAAUCCCUCAAGUAAUAUCAGGGAAAGCGACACAUUUGAAGUUUUAACCGACCAACUUGAAGGUGAAUAUGGAUUUUUGUUAAAGGUUGAAAUGAGCUGUGAUUAUGAUGGAAAUAGAUUUAUGUGGAAAUCUACUCGAUUAUUCAAUCAAAAACGAAGAGAAAUCGGUCCUUUAGUAGAUGAUGAUGAAAGCGUCGUUAUGGAUAUUAAGGUUGAUCUUGUCAAUGACAUAAUCUGUGAUGAUGAAUUAAAUACUGUUAGCAAUAAUGAUAGUGUCACUUUCAAUGAUUCAAAAACAAGUGAUUUCACAAUAAAAUUAAAAACAGAGGAAUUGGUGGAAGGAGAAGAUGAACAGACAAAUGAAGAAGAUAUGGAAAAUGAAGGAAAGAAUGAAAAUGAGAACGAACAAUUUUAUGUUCACGCACAAAUUCUUUCAAAUAAAUCAUAUUAUUUCAAAGCACUUUUAAAUUCACAAAUGAUAGAAUCACAAGAUAGAUAUCUUAUAUUACCUGACAUUUCUUAUGAAAUGCUUGAAAAAAUACUUUUAUACAUGUACACAAAUGAAAUUAUUGAUACAAAUGAUUUAGAAGAUUGGAUUGACUUGAUAUAUUUUGCAAGUAGAUUUGUCAUACCACAUUUGAUUCAAAGAUGUGAGAAAGCUAUUUCGAGAUACGUAACUCAAGAAAAUUUAGUAGAAAUUAAAUCAAUUGCUGAAAAUUGUGGUGCAAAUCAAUUAAUCAGAUUUUGUGAUUGGUUUAAAAUAAAAGAGGAGGUGGAAGGUGAAGAGGGCGAGGGCGGGAAUGAGGAGAAGUAA